AUGGAACACGUCAUGGGCCAGAAGAAAGGCCGGCUGAUCAGGAUGAAGAGUGUGGAGGAAUGCGAAUUUGAGGAUAUACGAACCACGGAAGCGUUGAAUCGGUGUGGAUUGUGGGUCUGUGAUGAAGAGGUGAGUGCUGUAAAAAACUUUUUUUAAUUUACAUAGAACUGGUCUAUGUAUGUAAACAAAAAAAUUUAAAAAUUUUGAAGAAAAUCCAUAACUGUAUUUCGUUACAAAUUUUUCAUUCAAUAUUUUACUUUACCGUUUAUCUUUUUCAGAUCGUUGAACGUCGAAAACGCCGGCUACGUCAUCACCUCGUCCGCAAGCUCUCCUCACCAUCAUCAGACCUCAAUCCCUCCGAACUGUCGCCGGAAAUGCGCGAUUUCUGCAUCGAAAUCAGCUGCAGACAUGGAAUUCCGCUUAACUGGGAAAUCCAGCACACCCCAAACGUCAUGGCUGUCAAAAAAACCAAGCGAAAAGGUUUGUUCAAGUCCCUUUUAAUCGGCAGAUUUCGAAGGAACCGAUGA